AUGCUCGCUUCUUUCACACUUUUGCUGGCAGCAUGCACGGCCUUGGCGUCUGCAAAGGUGGUCACCUAUGACUUCGACAUUGGUUGGGUUACGGCCGCCCCAGAUGGCUACUCUAGACAGGUCAUUGGUAUCAAUGGCAAGUGGCCUGUGCCUAUGAUUGAAGCAGAUGUAGGCGACACUAUUAUCGUAAAUGCCAAAAACUCUCUUGGUAAUCAAGCCACAUCGCUUCAUUUCCAUGGGAUGUUCCAGCAAGGAUCAGCUCAGUCUGACGGCCCUGUGUCGCUCACACAAUGUGCCAUUCAACCUGGGGGCUCGUACACAUACACUUUUAUCGCCAACCCGGCAGGAACACACUGGUAUCACUCGCACAACAAAGGACAGUAUCCCGAUGGUCUCCGUGGCAAGAUGGUCAUUCACGAUAAGGCAUGGGAGUCUAGCCUAAACAUAAACUCACAAAUGACAUACUCUAUGUCUGACUGGUAUCACCGACAGAUGCCUGAUAUUAUCAACGACUACAUGAGCCCGAGUAAUACGAAUGGCGAUCUACCGUCUCCGGACUCGAUCCUGUUUGACGACAAGAAGCAAGGUCAAAACAUUCAGAUCGCUGCUGGCAAGCGAUACCUACUCAGAAUCGUCAACGUUGGUGCUUUGGCAUGCGGUCAGUUCCAUAUCGAAGGCUAUAAACUUAAUGUUGUCGAAACAGAUGGUGUGCAGGUUCAAUCUACACAAGCAGAUACCAUUCUCAUCUGCGCAGGACAAAGUUACGGUGUGGUCGUGGAAGGAAAGUCCGCCUCGCUGGGUCUCUCAGCCAACGCAAACUAUAUUGUCAAGCUCACAACGGAUAUGCUUACUAGUAACAUUCCACCGGCAAGUCAGAUCACCAUCAUUGGCAACAUUGUGCAAAGUCUUCUGGGAAGUUUGCUCAGUAUCGUCCAAAAUCUCCUUGAUUUGAACUGGGCUCCAGCUGCUACUUUUGACGACUUCAACUUGAAGCCUCUAGAUGGCCAAAAGCUUCUUUCGCCGGUUGACAACAAGAUUGAGCUUGCGACAAAUCAGACCUUCUACCCUGGCAUCGGCACACGCACAGGCCUCGGGCCUCAACCUUGGGUGCCUGCGAAGGUCCCUUCGCUGUUCACUGCACUCACAACUGGCAACGCAGCUCUUGACCCUGCGACUUACGGCCCCGGUGUCAAUCCGUGGGUGGUCAGGUCAGGUCAAGUCGUCCAGAUCCAUCUACAAAACACCCACCCAUAUCCACAUCCCAUGCAUCUUCAUGGUCACGUUUUCCAGAUUGUAGCAAAAGGAGUUGGAUCUUGGAACGGCAACGAAGGAUCAUUGCCCGCUGUGCCCUCCAAGCGUGACGGCGCUGUGGUACCGGCUGAAGGCUAUAUUGUCCUCCGCUUCAAGGCUGACAACCCUGGUGUGUGGUUCUUCCACUGUCACAUCGACCUGCAUCUUGUUGGCGGCAUGGCUGCGACGAUCAUAGAAGCACCAGAUGUCCUGCAGAGUCAGCAAUCGAUCUCAUCGGCAUCACAAGGACUGUGCAGUGCCAGCAAUUCACCGUCAAGUGGUAAUUGCAAUGGUGGUCAGGGUGCUAUCUCCGCAAGCGACGCCGCGAGCAAGUGCAACAAUGUGUACAACUUCAAGGGGCCGAAUUCCGCUGUUGUUAGCUGA